UGGGUAGGCGGGGGUAGAGAUUGGGUACCUAGUUAGAAAGCGGUGGUGUUGGAGCGUGUGGGUUUUCAUCUGUGGACUUCAGAAGCUGUGAGAUGAUGAGGCCACUGCUCUGGCUGCUUCUAGCCUCUAUUUCCCUUCCCUGUGACACGGCCCCUGUGGAGAAGCAUGGAGAGUCAGAUACCAAUUGCCCUCUCAUGGUGAAGAUUCUGGAUGCAGUCAAAGGCCUUCCAGCGGCCUCUGUGGCACUUAAGUUGUCAAAGAAAGGCACAGAUGGCGAGUGGACACAUGUUGCCAAUGGAGUGACAGAUGAAACCGGGGAGGUUCAUAAUCUCAUCACGGAUCAGCAGUUCCCUGCCGGUGUUUAUCGUGUUGACUUUGACACCAAAGCCUACUGGAAGUCGCAGGGCUCAACGCCCUUUCAUGAAAUGGCAGAAGUGGUUUUUGAGGCCCAUGGGGAGGGUCAUCUCCACUACACUUUGGCCCUGCUACUGAGUCCAUACUCCUUCACGACCACUGCCGUCGUCAGCACACAUCAAUGAUCACUUACAGAAAAAAAUGAGUGCUAGUAAUGUUUGAAAGCGGUUUGGGACACCUUUAUGGAGCUUGAAAUGAAAGCUGUAAAGUGUGUUGAUUGUCUAAAUAAAACUUCACAAGCCAAAAUUAA